AUGAACCCCUCCACAGAAUCAGACAACGCCAUUAUCAUCGACAUCGAUUCCUCUGUCAAAACCCCAUCAUUUGUCGAAAACCACCCCAACGAAGAAAAACACCAACUCAAUGUUCCCUUCCUCCUCCAACCAUCUUAUGCGACACACGAACUGCGAAACCUUCGCACGAGCCUCAAAUGGUGUGCUCUCGACCACUCUUCCCUCGUUGGAAAACUUAUUUCCUACGUUGUCUUCAUAUUCCUCACCGUUGCUGUCCCUCUCUUCACUUCUCUCUUCGUUCAUGUCCCUGCCUCUGCUUCUCAACUCUACCCUUUCAACUUCAAGAAGCUCCUUCAAUUACCGCAAUCAGCCCUCGCUAUUAUCGCCUUCUUCACUCUCUACCGUUUCUUCCCAAGGCUUAACUGCGAGCUUCAGAUACUGAGGUUUGAAGGGCUUCACAAGCUCUUUGAAAGGUGUGGGUCUGAUGCAAACAUGACAUUUAGAGAGCACGUGAGAAUUAGGAGGCAAUUGUGGAUCACGAGUCAUGGGUACAGGUUCUUUAUAAUUAGUUGUUUGGUGACAGUCACGGUUAGCCAGUUGGGUUCUCUCUUGAUGGUUUUGGAAUCCAAAUCUGACACCACCUUCUUCAAUUCCGGUGACCUUGUGAUUUUUUUCGGCUGUGCAAUUAUGUGGAUUCUUCUUUAUGCCUUAUGGGUGCGGCAAGAAUCACACACAGAGCACAAGGGAUAG